AUGAGUGAUGAUUUAAAUGAUUUCUUUGCCAAAAAAGACAGCACCAAAAAAGUAGUCAAAAAACCAACUUCAACCACACCAAAAGUUGUUGUUAAACCAGUAUCACCAACUACACCAGUCGUUUCACCAACAACUGUCACUUCACCAGUAUCACCAACUACACCAGUUGUUGAACCAAAAAAAGUUGUUGAUCUUUCUCAAUUAAAUAAAUCAAAAGAUACUACACCAGUUGUUGAUGUUAAAGAAUCUAAAACUGAACAAAUUAAUAUUCCAACCAUGAGAUGGGCCGAUAAAAACGAACAAACUACAACUACCACUCAAACUAAAGUUUACAAAAACUAUCCAUCAUUAAAAAAAGAGGAAACUAAAGUUGAUGAAGAUGAUGAUCAAAUCUAUGAAGAUAAAGAAGAAGAAAAAGAAGUUAAAAAAGAUGAAGAAAAUUCAACUGCUGAUGAAGAACCAGUCAAAAAAUCAAACAAAAAAGUUGCACCAAAACAAAAGAAGAAAUCAAAACAAGAAUUAGAAGCUGAAGCUUUAAUGGCUUCAUUAGGUAUCAUUGAUGAAAAACCAGUUCCAAAACAAAAAAAGAAAUAA